UUCAGAAGUGUAAGAACACCUCCUGUUAUCGGUUAUUGCGGUAGUUUUUGCUGUUUAAUUUUAACUAAAUUUCAUUUCACUAUUUAAUCACUUUGCCUUACUGUUAAACUCCUAUUGUUAUAUAAAGCUAUUGUUAUGAUUUUUCAAAAUAAAUUAUUUUCUGUGCUAAGGAAUUCUGUCAGGUGUCAACAUAUUUAUAAGACUUCAUACUGCCCUUCCAGUGAGUUAGCUGAGAGGCUAUGCAACAAUUUAAUUUACAACGAAAAUGGAAUUGUUGUUUUUAAUAAGCCAUAUGGAGUAAGUUUUGCUCUGAGUGACCCACCAGAUCGUAAAACAAGCGAGCCUAAUGAGGUGUCUUUGAAAACUAUGCUUCCUCAUAUUAAAAAAAUUCUAGGCUACCCAACUCUAUUGAGUGCUAAAGUUCCAGAAAAAUAUACUUCUGGAGUGGCUAUUUUCUGCACUGAUGAAAACACUGUUCUCAAAGUUAAAACUGCGUUAACGAAAAUGAGGUCACUUGCCACCCCACAGGAUAACUACAUUGCAGUAGUAGUCGGUUCGCCUACAUCUUAUCAAGGAGAAUUUAAAGGAGGCAUUACAUUAAAGCAAAGCCUUGUUAAUAAGAAACAAAAAAAGGGUAUGUUGGUAACGACUUAUAGUAAAAAGUCAGCGAAAAGGGGUGAUGUGUCAAGUGUUAUAAUCCAUUACCAUACAAUUAACUCAAGUGAUCAUGCGAGUCUUGUUUCUGUUUCGACCACGAGAAACCGAUGGUACUGUGUUCGGACAUUCUUAUCGACUAAUCUGUUAUGUCCUGUUCUCGGCGACAAUAUAUUCGGCUCGAGAGUAAAAACCGUCUUAGGUUCUCCUGUACUCGUGGAUAUAUUAAGCCAGACUACGCUUAGCCCCCAGAAGCUGCCUCAAGAAAUUAAGAAAAGACUUGACAUUGUAGACAGGAAAGAUUUGAUGGUCCCGCUGCAUCUCCAUUUAAACAAAACUUUAAUUCAUAACUUUAAUAAUAAAGAGUUGAUAGAAUUUAAUGCCGAUCCUCCAGAUACGUUCAAAUGGACUUGUGAACGUUUGGAAUUAAAUUUAGUUUAAGACAAGAUUUCAUGUGUAUAAUUUUUAUUUAUUGUAUAUAAAAAAAUUUUUUUUUUUUACAGUACAUAUCCUAAUGUUUUCAUUAACCCCUUUGUGUAUUAUGUUGACAUAUGUCAGAAAAAUCAACAAUGCCAAAUUUGUAAUAAAGCUGGAUUUUUCAGACUGUG